CGCACACGCACGCACGCACACGCACGGUCGCUCAUAUAGGAGGAUCCCAGCGGAGCAGCGGCCAGUGAACGGCGGAGCGCGCACCGGACCAGUUCUUUAACUUGUCCUCCCUCCUCCCUCUCGGUUCAUUCAGCAGCAGCAGCAGCAGCCAACCGGACUACCGGCUACCGGGCAACGAGAGACUCCACCAGCUCCAGCAGACAGCCUCAGACUGAUCGUCAUCGUCUGUUUUUUUCACUCCGGAGACUGCGGAUUUUAUCCUUGAUCUUUACCGGUGGAUACCGAGAGUCCGCGCCGCCUCCCCGCGAAGAACCGUAAAGUGAGCUGUGAUUUUUUUUGUUUUUUUUUUCCAGCCAGGAAAUUAAAAUCCGGUGUGUCGGUUCCAGCGGCGUCCCUCCGGUUUAACUGCACACCGGUCAGACUUGGAGAAAGAGCAACAGUCUCCACCGGCGCAUCAAUCAGUGAGGUAGAAAAGCCCUACAUCAAGCUGCAGCCAUGGAUGAGAUGGACCUGCCCCAGAUGAAGAAGGAGGUGGAGAGCCUCAAGUACCAGCUGGCCUUCAAAAGAGAGAAGUCCUCCAAAACAGUGACCGAUUUGGUGAAGUGGAUAGAGGACGGCGUCCCAGAGGAUCCCUUCCUGAACCCGGAGCUGAUGAAGAACAACCCGUGGGUGGAGAAAGGAAAAUGCAUCCUUCUCUAGAAGAAAAACAUCCACCCUGCCACGAUCGUUCAACUUCAACACACACCCUCCAGAUGACCCCUGACCCUCCCCGGCCUCCAAAAGCACUGGCAGGAUGGCGCCUCCUAACCUCUCACCUUGAAUGUACAACAGCUGAUAUCCCCCAACCUCUCCUGAACACACACACACACCACAGCAAGGGCACAGAAACACACACUGAUGGAGACACACACUUCACAAUCCAAACUUUGGAUUUUUCCACAACUGCCACACACUCACUGCAAGUUUAUUCCUGCCACGGCAAUGCAUCAUUAUUAUGAUACGAUGACAACGAUCAAUACUUGUACUACAUGUCUUUAUAUGAAUAUACGACGACUUAUUUAUGCAGCUGCCAGUCACGAGCUUUUCUCUCUGCUGUUUUUCUUUUCUUCCAUGAGUUAAUGAGCUGUGGUAAACUGUAGAGUCACAUUCUCACUGCCAGGCUGACUGGAGAUCUGCGGGAGGAAUUUUGUCCAGUAGUGAGACUGAUUAAACUAAAUUUUGUUUAAAUUAAAAAUAAUCAAUUUUUCUGAGUCUGUGUUUGACAAGCUAACUACAUAAAGUUGUUAAUAUUUGAUUGAACUAAAUACUUCUACUCAUAAGAGCCUAUAAUGAUUUAUAAGCAAAUACAGAAAACUUUCAGUAUAGAUAUUUGGACUGGAACGUGAGAACCCUUUAACGGGAGUUUGCUUUCUUUAAGUAGGAAAAGUGUUGAAAUAGUUUUUUCUGAACGAAUUUAAUGCUUGUUACUAGUGCUGGGCGAUAUGGAAAAAAUCAUCCCGAUAUGGAUUAUUUUAUAUCACGAUAACGAUAUAUAUCACGAUAUACCACAAUAAAGUAUGUUUUCAGUUCUCUGAAAAGUUUGACAAAAAUGUCAUUGCUUACUUUUCUCCAUGAAACUUCAACCUGUUGCUGGGGCUGGACCCGAAUAUCCGAAUAUUCGGUCCCCAUGGUGGUAUGUGGAUAUUAAUUUUGAGAUCCAAAUAUUUUUUUUUUGUUUAUAUAGAUUAAAAAUGAGCAAAAGAAAUAAAAUAAAAUUUAAAAAAUUAACACGCAAUUUUUUUUUUUUUUUGCUCAUUUUUUUCUAUAUUUGGUUCUUACAGGGUUAAGCCAGGAUUAUGCUCCCUUGCAGAUGUGUACAUUAUUUAUACUUAUAUCAAAUUGUAUUACUUUCUACUUUGCUUGGAAAAUCCAUUUGAUAUAACGCACAUUACUGCAGAGCAUGCAUUCUACUGUCCUUAUUGCAUAGUGACCACGCUGCCCCCUCUGCAGACAUUUAUGUGUGUCCAUGUGGGGACUCUCGUGGACAAAAUGUACAUCGCUAGUGUAUUUGUGAAUGCCAGAAGUAUAACACUGAACUUAGAUUAAAAAUCAAGAUUACAAAACGUCUUGCUUGUCCUGAGCUACACAAGAUGAGAAACUGUCUAAAGGUAUCAGUAUGAGCAUCAGAUAUCAACGGAAGCUUCACAAAAUCCCUCCCUCAGACCACAUGUACUGCUGGUGACAUAAACCAAACCCUUUACAUGUAAGAAACAACAUGCAUGAACCCACCAAGCUUUCACAGCUACUAUGUGACUUCUACAGUUUUCACACGCGGUUUUAAAUUGCUCGUCAAGCAUGGUUAUCACAUCGAGAUCUGCAGCCAGUUGUUGUUCUGCUUCAGUGUCAUUAGGCAGCUCUGUUUGUGUUGUCAGAGCAGAAUGAAACUCUGGGCCUCUGGAGGGGUUUGAGUACUGCUCCUUCUCCCCCUUAGCUACAGCCCCCUAAAGAUCACACACAAACGUUACACGCAGCCGACAUGGAAACCAACACAGAGAACCGUGCGCACAAACAUUAUCUCUCACCACACAUGUACAGACGGACCCCUUUAACUUAUUAACUUAUUUAUUUAUUUAUUGAUGAGACCUCUCCCUCACCUUAGUUUUUGUUUCCCAUGUCUGCACUCCCUCUUCCUCAUACCCUGAACUAAAACAAAAAAGAAUAAUUAAAAAAAACAAAAAAACAACAACUUCUACACCUUGCCAGAUCACCAUCUACUACUGCCUUGUACACAGUUUCCUUAAAACGAGAAUGUAAAUACGCGGCAUGAGGUUCAAACAUCACCACUGACCUCAGAACUGGCCUGUGGGUGUGCGUGCAUGUGACUGUAACUGUGUGUUUAUGUGUGUGCGCAUAUUUUCGACAUAAAUUUGGACAUCGGGCUCCCAUGCGGUUUGCACACGCAGCUGCAUCACACACACACAGGCAGGCCUGAGGGCGAGCAGAUCAACGACACACAAACACACACUGCUUAGUGAGAAUGUGUAUGAGGGGAGGAGUGGCAAGGAUGUGGGAUUCUCUACAAGGACUCAGGACAGGGAAGCCUCAAAAUCAUCUCAGUGCUGGAAUGAAUCUCACUCUAUGUUCAGCACAAGCUACUCAGUGUUUAGAUGACAUUAGCCCUAUUAUCUGGAACUGUUAUAUUUUAUUUUCCCCUUUUUUUAAAGUCAAUUUUAACAAUUAUCCUGUCCACGAAGAGCUAAUUAACAUGAUCUUAGUGUAAAAGAUGCCUGAGAGGGAAAGAUUAAAUAGAUAAAAUGUGUUUGGGGAAUAUCUGGAGUGAAAUAAUAACCUGUAAUCUAAAUCACUGAAUUUGGGAUGAGCAUACAUCCAUCAGCCACAAUAAUAAAACCACCUGCCGAUAUUGUAUACGCCCCCAUUGUGCCUCCAAAACAGCUCUGACCCAUUGGGGCAUGGACACAGGAUCCUUUGGGUGCUGUGUGGGGUUUUGGUCACCGUACCAUGAGUGGAGUAUAUCAAAAGUAACAUCCACAUGAAAGCCAGGACCCCAGGUUUUUCAGAAGAACAUUGUGUUGUAAAGAUAUUCAGUUUACCAGCUGGUGAUUUUGAUGUUUUGGCUGACUGGCGUAUACGCAGCAUGAAUCCUCAACAAUGUUCCUAACUAGCUCACACACUGGCAUCGGAGAAUUGCUUUCAAAUAUAGCCCACUUACUAGAUUUUAUGUAACACUCCAGAGUAAUUUGAUAAUAAAUGUAUGAAGUGAGACUUCCACAGGACAAAGAACUGAAGCUCUUAGCGUCACGUUACAAGCUUUUGGAGAGUCCCUCUAAAUUCUCUGUUAACUUAAAAAGCAUCAAAUGUUGUCCAUUACUAAACUGAAAAGUACACGAGAAGAUUUCUGAGUCUGCCUGUCCCUUGUCUGUUUUCUGUCCAGCUACUGUAACUUUACUUGUUUGGUUUGUUUUUAUAUAAUCUGAACGUAGGUAUGUAUGUACGUUAUUACUAUUACGAUGACAGCAUAAAACCUUGUCUAAAUAUCUAGCAACAUAUUCCUUGUGAGAGUGCUUUGGAGUUAAUAUUAUGCAUCAGAUCAAAAGUCCUAGUGUAAAGAUGACAACGAGCAAUAAAUUAUAGAUCAUUUUUUAUUGAAUGUUUUACAAAAACAUUUACUGAAUAAAGUAGAAGAUUUUUAGACAG